AUGAAGAAAGUAAUCGGUGGCGAUCCAGACAUGAAGGGUGUUUUUAAGUGCAUUUUACUCAUUAUUGUAAAUGCCGUGACAAUGAGCAAUAGUUAUGAUGAGAAUAUAGGACUUAUGUUUGAUCCGGUUAUAGCAUUAAUUAAUCACAGUUGUUACGAUAGAAAUUGUUCCCUUGGUUGGAUGGAUGGUAAAGAAGUUUGUCUUCAUAGUAUUAACCAUAUUGGCUCUGAUAAGGAACUAUUUUUCAGCUACUGUCCUGUCACAAUUCCGGUCGAUAUUCGGCAAAGAAUUUUAAGUAGUAGCUUUUUUUUUAGAUGCCAAUGUGCAAUGUGCAACAGCUCUGUGCAUAAUGGCGAGGAAUGGAUUCCUGUGGUUUGUCCACUUUGCAGGAAGGAAAACAAAAGCAGAAUGUUUAAUUUGAAGACAUUCUUUGAAUAUACGGAUGCUUCUCAUCUGCAAAAAGAAACAGUAACGUGUGCUAAGUGUAAUAACAAAUUUUCGGUUGUAAACACUUGGGACAGUUACAGGAAGCUGAUCUGGAUUCUGCUAGGGGGAACAGUUAAAGACGGAGAGGUUCGACAAGUUGCAAAUUGUCAUCAGUUAGAGAUUCUUCAAGAGAUUUCAACGGGCUUGGAUACCAGUUGUAUUGAUUCGAACAACAUAGAGGAAAUAAAGCAUAUACUGACAAAAAGCAUUCAGCAAGGCGUUUCCUGGAAGUCAUGGCCGAUGCAAAUAAUAGCAAAUGCACUUCUUCAAGCGUAUCAAGCAAAAGAUCCGGAGAGUUUUGAUGUAGUUAAGCUAACAGUGAUAACAAACUCUGUCGGCUCAAGUAUUGAAGGUCUCAGAGGAAUGUGCUACUACAAUAUUGCCGUCGCUUACGAGAGGUGGCUCCAAUACCAAAGACGAGAAUCAAAUCAGAUAGAGACAGAACUGUGUCUGGCAUUGGUAGCAAGGGCUUACCGACGUUUAUGGGAAGAGACGGCCACAGUUACAUCGCCAAUGAAAGAUCUCCUCGCAAUGGCAAAAAACAGACAGAAGCGGGGACAUCACAAUUCGAUAGCAUAUAUGAAGGAGAAUCAGAUACAGCAACUUAUAUGCAAAUUUAACCGGAAAUGCUCUAUUGAUGGGCAAAACGUCACCAUGGAAAUUAUUGAUGGUCCCAAGGUGAAUUCCGAGCAAGGCAUCACCAAAGAAAGCAUAUAUUCAAUAAAAAGGGCAGAGAAAUCAUUAAAAUCGGACAGCGUUAGCGUUGAUGACGGUAAUAUAUUUCAGGUGCUGUUGAAAUAA